UCCACAAUCCAUCUACAAUUAGUUAUACUUUACAUUCAAAAUGACCUCUUCCAUCGCACCAUUGGGAGUCCUCUCCUCUCCUUCCUCCUCCAAUUCCUCUUCUUUAACCUCUCAAUGGAGUUACGAUGUAUUCUUGAGCUUUCGAGGUGAAGAUACCCGCAAUAAUUUUAUUGUUCAUCUCUACAAAGAUUUGCAUCAAAAUGGAAUCAAUACUUAUAUGGAUAACGAGGAGUUGAGAAGAGGUGAAAAAAUUUCACCUGCACUUCAGAAGGCUAUUGAAGAGUCAAAGAUUUCAAUCAUUGUAUUUUCUGAAAACUAUGCAUCAUCUACGUGGUGUUUGGAUGAGCUAAUGAAGAUCCUAGAGUGUAAAGAAUCAAAGCAACAUAAAGUUUUACCAGUAUUUUACAAAGUUGAGCCAUCGACAGUACGACACCAAAAAAGUAGUUUUAAAGAAGCGUUGGCUAGACAUGAAGAAAAAUUCAAGGAUGAUGCUAAAGUUCAGAGGUGGAAGACUGCCUUAAAACAAGUUGCCGAUCUAUCCGGUUUGCAUUUAAAGAUCAACGAGAACGAAUCUGAAUUUAUCCAGAAGAUUGUUCAAGAGUGGGAAUAA